CACUAAUCAUCAUCGUCGUCGUCGUUAUCGGAGAAAAAAGGUUGUAUGGCGGAGUCGCCGGCUAAGGAGCUUCGUAGGAUUCUCAACUCACCGGGGAUAUAUCAGGGUCCCGGAUGUUUCGAUGCUCUCAGUGCUAAGUUGGCAGAGAGAGCUGGGUUUAAGUACUGUUUUGCCAGCGGGUUUGCAAUAUCAGGAACUAGACUAGGUUUGCCAGAUACAGGUUAUAUAUCUUAUGGAGAAAUGGUAGAUCAGGGGCAACAAAUCACCCAAGCUGUGUUAAUACCAGUUAUCGGAGAUGGUGAUAAUGGAUAUGGGAAUGCAAUGAAUGUAAAGAGAACCGUUAUGGGAUUCAUAAGAGCUGGUUUUGCAGGGAUUAUUCUUGAAGAUCAGGCAUUUCCAAAAAAAUCAGGUGAUGCGCAAGGCAUGAAAGUGGUUUCUAGAGAAGAGGCAGUGAUGCGAAUCAAAGCAGCUGUUGAUGCUCGCAAUGAGAGUGGCUCUGACAUUGUUAUAGUUGCACGAACUGAUUCUCGUCAAACAGUUUCUUUGGAUGAAUCUCUUUGGAGGUUAAGGGCCUUUGCUGAUGCUGGAGCUGACAUUCUUUUUAAUAAUUCACUAGCUUCAAGAGAAGAGAUGGAGGCCUUCUGCAAAAUCUGCCUUCAAGUUCCAAAAGUGGUCACUAUGUUUGGAGGAAGGGGCAAAUCAUCUUUUUUUCAGCCUCAUGAACUUGAGGCAAUUGGAUAUAAACUUGUGAUGUAUCCAAUUUCUUUACUUGGUGUAUCUAUUCAAGCAAUGCAGAAUUCACUUAUUGAUAUAGAGAUGGUCGUAUCCCUCCUCAUGAAGAAAUGCCUUCUUUAAUGGAGAUAAAGGAGAUUUUAGGUUUCAACAUUUAUCAUGAAGAAGAGAAGCGUUACACCUAGAGUG